AUGUUCAGUGAAGAUAUCUUCGCUGGAUUGAUUUCUCUCAUCUUCAUCAUCGAUGGAGCCCGACCCCUCAUCGAGAAUUUCUCAGAGAAUGUGAUGCCCCUCACCAAUGCCAUGUUCGAAAUGCUGCUCUUCCUCCUGACCUUCGGAGUGGCGACAUAUCUGUCUCACUUCCGCCGCAAGCCUUGGGCGCUCCGGUCUAUCCGUAAUCUCCUCGCCAACUUCGCAGUGACCAUCGCCCUCGUGCUCGCCUCAGCUGUUGCUGCCAUCUAUUCCGGUGAGACCAACCUGCGGAUGUUGCAGGUGGAUGCAGACUUGUCGCCGAACCUGGUCCUUGCCGACGGAAGCAAGCGGCCUUGGAUCGUAAACCCGGCGGGCAUCGACAAACCCUUCCCGGCUUGGGGCAUUGCCUUCGCUAUCCUCCCGGCCAUUGGCUUCGCGGUCUUGGGCUACUUGGACCAAAACCUCACAUCUGUAAUCGUGAAUAGGCCUUCUAACGGCCUCUCUAAGCCGCCAGGGUAUCAUCUGGACCUGUUCGUGCGCGGAGCACUGACUCUGCCCGCCUGCGCUGUGCUCGGCCUGCCCCUCUCCGUGGCCUCGACGGUGCCAAGCAUCACGCACGUGAUCUCGCUGACCACCUACGACGUGCAGGAGAUGCCAGGUGGUGAGCGCAAGGUGCCCACGAAGGUGGUGGAGAAUCGUCUGACGAACUUCCUCAUCCACAUCCUGGUGGGCUGCGCUCUCUUCCUGGCGCCUGCUCUCAAGUUCCUGCCGCGCUCCGUGCUGCAAGGCGUCUUCUUCUACAUGGGCAUUGCGAGCUUGACCGGAAACAACCUCUUCGACCGCCUGAAGCUCUGGCUGAUCUGGGACUCCUCCAAGUACCCACAGCGCCUUGCCUUCCUGGCGAACUCCUAUGACCCAGAAGGUUAA